AUGGUGGAAGUCAAACAGCUACUGGUUGUGUUGGAAAAUUCGAAUUUGGAUUGGUCACCCGGUCACCCAGCCGCCUACGAUAUGUACAUAACGACCCUCGCCCUCAUCGCAGUCGCCCUGUACCUCUUCUACAGGUACCUGACGCGCCGCCAUAACUACUGGAAAACCAGGGGCGUCCCCUACGAGGAGCCCUACUCCCUAGCCGGCAACUUCUGGGAGGUCUUCUCCGGCAAAACGCAAAUUGGCAAACACCUGGGCAAGCUCUACAGCAGAUACAACACGCCUUACUUCGGUAUAUACAUACUAGGCAAACCUUACUUGGUGAUAAGAAGCCCGGAGAUUGUAAAAAACAUGGCGAUAAAAGACUUUCGAAACUUCGAUGAUAGAACAUUCGCCUGCGACAAGAACGCCGACGAACUAGCAGCUAAUAGUUUGUUCAUCAUGCGCAAUCCGGACUGGAAGUACAUCAGGAACAAACUGACGCCGAUGUUCACAUCGGGCAAGCUGCGAUCGAUGAUCGACAUCGUCAAAACCAGCGCCAAAUCGAUGGAAACCCACCUAUCGGCCCGCGAUUCCGCCAUCUUGGACAUCAAAGAGGUCUCCUCCAAGUACAUGACGGACGUGGUGGCCUCGUGCUUCUUCGGCUACGAGGCCAACGCCUUCGGCGACGACGAUUCCGAGUUCUUCAACUUCACCAAGACGAUGUUCGCCUCGAAAUGGUCCUUCCUCAGCUUGUUUUCGUACUUCUUCGCGCCCGCUUUGGUCUCCAUGCUGAAGCUGCCCUUCAUGGAGUACGGCGUGCUGAAGGGCAUCUUCCUCGACACGCUCGCCUAUCGGCAGCGCAACGGCUGCAGGCGCAACGAUUUCGUCGAUUUGCUGCUGCAGCUGCGCGACAACGUCAACAAAGAAAGGAAAGACAUCGAUUUCGGCGUGGAUAGAAUGGUGGCGCAAUCGAUGACCUUCUUCGUGGCUGGUUUCGAGACCACCAGCAACGCUUUGGCGUUCGCUUUGUACGAGCUCUGCUUGAGGACCGAUUGCCAGGAGAAACUGCGCGAGGAAAUCCGGCGGUGCAUCAAGAACGACGAGGACAUCACCUUCGAUAAGGUCCAGAAAAUGACCUAUCUGGACAUGGUUCUAUCCGAGACUCUUAGAAGGUACCCGUUCGGUCCGUUUUUGAACAGAAUGUGCAAAGAGGACUACGUGAUAGAACAGACUGGUUUACUGGUGGAAAAAGGCACGCCUGUGUUGAUACCUUUGGAUGGUUUGCAUUACGAUCCGGAGUACUUUCCGAAUCCGGAACGGUUCGAUCCGGACCGGUUCGUGGACGAUAACAAGCACCACUACGCGCAGGCCUGCGUCUACAUGCCCUUCGGAUUGGGCCCCAGGAAUUGCAUCGGUGAUAGGUUCGGAUUGAUCUGCGCCAAAAUGGGGCUGGUGUACGCGUUGCGGCGCUUCCGGUUCGAGAGGAGCGUCGAGACGCCGACGCCGCUGGUGCUGAAUCCCCGGACGCCGUUUAUGAUGCCGUUGGACGGGUUGAAGAUGAGGGUGGAGAAGUUGUGA